CAAGCAUCAGUGAAAAAGGGGAGGAGGAUUAGACAUCAAAUCACAAAAUGAUGAAGGCGAAGACAGCGAUUAUGAUUAUGAUUAAAGGUUUUGCUGAUGACGACGUUGCGUGUUCGCCGACGACGAGGGAGACGUCCUGAGUGAUGAUGAUGACGAUGAUGGACUGAUUGGUGAUGAGGAUGAAGAGUAUCACAGUUUGCAUCAGUGGUGGGAGUGUCCAAGGGGGGUAGAGCCGCUCCGCUGCGAGCUCGCGCGCAUUCCGGAGUGGAUGUUUUCAUAUUCCAACUGAAAGGCUCGCGCGCGCAGGGCGAAACGGACACGAGGACGGUCCUCCUUAUGUUACCUGCAGUUUUUUCUCCCCGUUGCCGCUUGCCUUCAAUGCGUCCCGGGGUCAUGUCGGCUCGGUUCGGUCUGGUGCUCGCGUGCGCGCUGCUGUCGCUGGGUCGCGCCCGGCGGAGCUCACCGGAGCAGGAGGAUGUGGAGGGGCGAGUCAGCGGCGCCAGAUGCGCGUCCAGGUGCCUGACCCUGCACAUGACGCAGCUCACCGCAGCCUUCAGGCGCCUGCAGAGUGACCAGGUUCUGGUUUGGUGUGAGAACCACAGACGCUGCUCUCAGUGCCUUCAGCCAUGCAAGGAACUGUGGGAAAACAGAAAGGUGCUUUUACCGAAGUCCUGUGAGAAGCACACCGAGUGCGUGACGAGCCGGGAGUUCGUGGCCUCUCUCAGCCUGUCCCGACAGGGCGACUGCCCGCCGCCCCAGCGGGCCGUGGGCUUCGCGGCGGCGUGCGUGGAGAGCUGCUCGUCGGACCUUCACUGUCCGUCGCCCAGGAAGUGCUGCCCCAACGGCUGCGGGCACACGUGCCAGGCCGCGGCCAAUCUGUACAAAGGCGUUCCCCUGAAGCCUCGCAGGGAGAUGAGCUUCGUGGAGAACGCGGAGGGCCACGUGAAGGUGGCGUGGGUGUCCAAGUUCAACGUCAGCGUGGAGCCCGUCGUCUACGUGCUCCAGUCCCGCUGGAACGCGGGCAUCCAUCCCAGCGAGGACCACGCCUCGCCCUGGACCGUCGUUGCCAUGACGCUGUCUGAAGACGCGGUUCUGUCGGACCUGAGACCCCAGCGUUGGUACCAGUUCAGAGUGGCCGCCAUUAACAGCCACGGCAGCAGAGGCUUCACCACGCCCAGCAGGCAUUACAUCUCCAGCAAAGAUCCUUCUCCCCCGGAGCCUCCAAUGAACAUCAGAGUGAAAAACCAGACCCUGGAAAGAGCCGGUCCUCAACCUGUGUCCCAGCUCACAGAGAGGUCAGGAGGCAGCGGGCUCACAGUGGCGGUUCUGUUGCACUGGGAGCCUCCCAGAGAGGGAGACCUGCCAGUCCACAACUACAGAGUCACCUGGAUGCCUCGGCGCGCACACGCAGAGCACAAACACAACGCGGGGCACGGCCCGGGCAAAGGGAGGAAGGAGAGCAGCAGCAGAGCCACGCAGGGGGCACAGUGUGAGUUGUGGCUUCAGGGUCUGCUGCCUGCCACUUCCUACAUGGUGUCCAUCCAGACUGUGGCCUACUGGGGUCAGAAGAGGCUGAAGAGUCCCAGAGUCCAGACGGCUCUCACCACGGUCACACAGACAGGUGAAGACUUCUCCAACGAGCUCCCAUCGUCAUCAUCGUUCCUUCCCUCCCCUUCCUCCUCCGACCUCCCGCUCUCCUCGUCUCGGCCUCACCACGAGUCCCCCCAGAAUCCCGUCACCCCUGGCAACCUGCGCCUGGAGGUUGCGGCCCCUCAUUACCAUGACGACCAGCUGCAGGUGAAGGUGUUUUGGAAGUGGCCUCACCACACCAGACAACAACACCCCGGCCCCUACGUUUUGCGGUGGCAUCCACAUGCCUGCAGUACAAAUGUCACGAGCACAGAGAGAACAACAACGGUGCAGGGCACCCAUCACACCAUCACAGGCCUCCAGUUCGCCUGUAAGUACCGGAUCGCCGUGGCGUUGAAGGCUGACCCAGGAUCAGAAGCUGUUUCCUGGGUAACGACCCCCACGUGCUCCUCCAUCAGGGUCAAAGGAGGCAAGACUUUUCCCUGCAAAACAGAGGGCAGAGAGCGCCCCCUGUCGGGCAGAAAGGUGGCACUGCGUCCAGAACGGCUGACUGCAGACUUUGAGCAAGUGAACGGCACCCUUUUAGCCACGUUUCGCUGGAGAAUGUCCCAGAAUGCCCUGGAACCGGCUGCUGUGGAGGGGUUUCAGUUCACCUGGAAGCUCCAGUCAGGUGUGACAGCAGCAGGAGAAGAGCAGGAAGACACGUUAAUCUCCCAGACACAGACCAUCGCACCGUCUGAGCGAUCGGUCACUAUUCCUGAUCUUCAAGCUGAGAGUAUUUACCAGCUGCAGCUCCAGGUGCUAACAGCAGGGGGCAGCAACGGCGCCGCAGUCUCCAAGAUCAUUCACACCCCAACUGUCAACGUUACACUUCGAUAGGCACAAAGCUGCAGCUGCCAUCUGCACCAAAGACUUCUACAAAUAAAGUUUUUCAAAAACGAUUUUUAUAUGAAUGUAAUUUCCUACUCUGAUGGUUUCCAUUUAAUAAUUUUUCAAAUAUUAAGCGUAACCACCUCAUUGGCCUUGUUUUUAAAAUGUUUGGAUUAUACCCAACUUUUAUUUGGUUCAGGUUCAGAAAGCACUACAGUAAGUACUACGUCAUGGCAAUGAAAUGUGUAUAAUUAAAACGUUUCUUCUUCAUUUUUUUUAAAUUACUCAUCAUAGCAUUAGUCCUGUCAUGCUGCAGCGUUGAAACAUAUGUAUGUGAAAAGUGAGUCUCCCACACAGCUGCAUCUGUCCAUGUGCGGUGUUUUAAAUGGGACCCAUAAAGUUUGAUCACCUGACACCACUGGAGCCAAAGGACACUUGUAAAUUGACUUAUAAGGCCUGUUGUCUUUCAUCAUAUUAGUGAACAAUAGCAUAGCACUGACCUUAUGUAAAAAUAGAGAUGUAAAGCAACAGGUUGCGUUUCUUUAAUGCAAGUUAGUACGUCUGAGUUGAGCAAAUGUUGUGAAUUAAGCUCACAUAUUUUCAUAUUUUGUUAAUAUGUUUUAUAAAAUGAACUGUACUUGUUUGAUAAAUUUUCAUCACACCCUUCUUUCAUUAUUGUACUCUCACCACAUAAUGACAUGUGAGAAUUUCAUACAACCAUGAUAUAUCUGUCUUUUUUGCUGGUAAUUUUGUACCUAAUUUCUUUAUUUAGUUUAAUUUUAUUUAUUGUUUUCCUUAUUGUCAUUUGUUUUUUGUAAUUAAAGAUAUGAGAAAAAUA